AGUUGUGUUUUGAAACAGGGAGCUCUAAAGGCUAAAGCUAGACAUAGCCAGAGCCUGCAUAGCCAAGUAAAGAAAGCUAUUUUUGUCUUCGUUGUGGGGGAUUUUUAUAGCUUUUCGUGUGAUAUUUCACUGGCAAAAUCCUAGGCAUGAUAUCAAUUCCGGGAUGAACAGGAAAAGGACACUGAUUUCGGACACGUUCAAAGUUACUAAACGACGUUUUACAGAGAACACGUUUGGUAAACCACAAUGUGGAGAGGCAGAUCAAGAUGGACCUCUGGAUAUAAAGUCCAGUUUGGAGUACCUGAUGACUCUCUUUCCUCGCAAAGUUUUCAACGACUCUCUACCAACAAUAGUAAUGAAGCAUCAGCUGUACAGCCUACACAGUGGCAAGACCUUGGUGGACAGGCAACUAAAUCUGCUCAGGGAGCAGGGAGCGGUGAUGAUGUUCCAGCUGGGUUUUGACGCAGACACCUUUGGGCUGGUGUUCACAGCAGACUAUAAGGACAAGGUCCUGGCAGGGAUUGCUGGUACAGAGAGCCAAGGAACAGUAGAGAAGUUUCUGAAUAAAGUGGUGCCAUCCUGCACUGAACUCAGCUUCAACAAAGACAAAAUGCUGAAGGAGUUCUUGUUCACGGAUUCAGAGAUCACGCUGCUUGUAAAAUGUGGAGUAUUGACAGUCAGAGAUGCUGGCAGCUGGUGGCUUUCAGUUCCCAACUCUGGCAAAUUCACCAAGUACUUGGUUCAAGGCCGAAAAGCUGUACUGAAUAUGGUCAAAAAAGCCAGAUAUGGGGAGGUCUUGAAGAACGAGCUGGAGGGGAGGCGCACCACCUCCCUAGUGAAGUUUCCCAUUAAAUACCACAUAUAUGACCUUAUGGGCGCAGAACUGGUGGAGAGCAUUCCAACAACAUCAGGAACACUGCUCCGUUAUGUGGACACAUGAACUUCAAAGCGCAGUUGCGCUUUCAGUGAUUGCCAUUGAAUGGAUUUAAUUUAUUGCCUUAUGUUGAUAAGAGAUUGUUAUAAAUUGAAUUGGAGAUAUGGAGAUAUGCCAUUUCUUUGGAAAAUAAAUAUUUUGUUGUACUUUGUGUACAGACUGUUAAUGGUAUCAGUUGUAGCUGCAAAAAGCAAAUAUUUGUAAAUAAAAACAAACAAGGAAUAGUGUUAAAUUUUAAUUGAUUUUCACUUAAAAAAAAGUUGAUUUCUUACAAUUACCCAUAAUAACUGGGUUACACUGCUGGCUUGAAUCUUCUUCACUAACAUAUUUUCUAUUCUUUUCCUUAGUCACUGGUUCAAAGAAUGUAUAAUAUGUGUAGGGAUCAGCAGCCUAUGUAUUGCACAUUUUAUUAUGUCUAAUGCCAAAACCUGUUGCAUGAAAAAACAUUUAACAGUUUAGUACUACAAUGAUAAUAAAAGGUUAUUUGUGGUACAAGUCAA